ACCCGCGACAAGCUCUCCUUUCCCAUAUCUCACAACCUGAUUCAACCUGCCUUGGCUACUUUUGUGCUGUGGGAGGCUGGGUUGGAUUUAAAUGGCGUCUAUGUUGAGGGCUUUAACAAACAACGUCCGGCGAGCGCGACCAUGUCCUAGAGAAUUCUCUAGCCUGACGCAUAUCCUCCCUACGGGGACCCCGAUCGAGGAAGAAACCCUACCACAUUACGCACCAGCGCAUUAUUACCCAGUAAAAAUUGGCGAUGUAUACCACACCAGAUAUAAAAUCGCGGGAAAGCUUGGGUACGGGGCAUACUCAACGAGCUGGCUAUGCCGGGAUCUUCAAGUCAAUAACUACACGGUAUUGAAGGUAUCCACACAUUUACCAGAUCAUCCUAGUGCGACAGAUCGCGAAUUGAGGGUCUAUGAACACCUGGUAAAAGUUGAUUCUUCGCAUGCGGGACAGUCAUUGAUCCGCGAGCUCUAUGAUUCAUUUGAACUCCAGGGCCCUGGCGGCACACAUCAGUGCCUUGUGUUGCAGCCAAUGCAUAUGACUCUUCUCGAGAUGAUGCGAAUGAAUCCCAGGCCAUUUAAUCUACCUCUGCUCAGAAUGACUGUCAGGCGACUUCUAUUGGCGCUUGAUUUCUUGCACGCUGAGGCCGAGGUUAUCCAUACUGAUCUUAAGACCGACAACCUGAUGCUCAGCCUGGAGAGUAGCUCUUUGCUGGCAGAUUUUACAACCAUGGAAUCCAAAAUCCCAAGCCCCCGGAAGUUGAUUGACCAGUCACUUAUUAUCUAUAGCAGUCGAAAGUUUCGCAGGCUAAUUGGAGGCGAGAGCUACGGUCUCCCAGUCCUGUGCGACCUUGGUGAGGCAAGGAUUGGCAAAAUGCAGGAGUCAGGGCCUUUCGUCCAGCCACAUAUAUACAGAGCGCCAGAGGUUAUUUUUGAGAUGCCUUGGGGAAGCGCUAUCGAUAUCUGGAACCUUGCAGGCCUUAUUUGGGACCUGUUCGAAGGGCAGCAUCUGUUUGGAGGUAUAUUCGAUUCUAGAGGCGGCCAUGAUCCGUUUAAGCAUCUGGCCCUCAUGGUAGCCUUGAUUGGACCACCGCCGACCGAAUUCGUGCGGCGUAGUGAGACGACAGAGCAGUGCUUUGACUCGAGCGGUGGCUGGAUUGCUCACCAUGAAGCGCCUAUACCCACUCUUUCUCUCGACACCCUGGAGAAGCGUCUCAGUGGUGAGGAGAAAGAGUUAUUUUUGGCAUUCAUUACAUCAAUGUUGAGAUGGAUGCCAGAGGAACGCAAGACAGCCAAACAGCUGCUUGAACAUCCGUUCUUGCUUUAGCCAGCAGCUAUUCUUUUAUAACUACUCAUAAAUCUGUUAUAAUCAAGGUUUAUCCGCCGCUUGCCCCGUGCAGAGUGUCAAAUACUAUCGACAUGAUAUUUUCCUAUUUCCCAGCGCAAGGUAGGAUAUCCAAACACGGUCACAUCGAUCAAGAAUACUACAGUUACAGCCUACUUAUAUAAUUUCGAAAGUUAACAGCUUUAUCUAAAGUUAGGGUACCAUAAAUAUCCAGACUUUGCAUAAACAAAUAUUCCUGAUAUCACCAUCAUUAUUCUCACUCUUAUUAAACCACGCUACGUCCAUUCCUGUCGGUUCGCUAAACGUCUCUUCCCCCUAAAAUCAGAAUCAUAGAAUACAGUAUGCGAACUCAUGUCUUCAUUACUCGUUAAAAAGAAAGAAAGAAAGAAAGAAAAGAAACCGCAAAAGAAACCGCAAACCACCCAUACCAAACACACGCGAAG